AAUACAGCAGCGCCAACACCAACACCAGAAGACAUACUCCGUUGCAACAACAACAAUCUCCCAUCCUGGUCGGUUCUUCGCAACGAUGCAUCGCUCCCCCGCCGCCAUGGUGACACGGCCAAUGGUGGACCCGAAUAUUGAGAUCCGCACACCAAGGGAUCCUAAUACGUUGUCUAAUUAUCACAACUUUGUCACGAGACAUACGAGCGUGGACUUUGAUGUUGAUUUCAAGGGGAAGCGGUUGUUUGGGAGUGUGGUGUUGAGUCUGGAGUCUUUGACGGAUGAGGAUGUUAGGGAGGUUGUGCUGGAUUCUAGCUUUCUGGAUAUUUCCGUGGUGGAGAUCGAUGGAAAAAGCGUUCAGUUCACCGUGGGUGACAGAGUGGAACCAUAUGGCAGUCCGCUCACCAUUACACUCCCUUCCAACGUUGCCAAAGGCAAAACCAUCGAUGUUGAGAUCAAGGUCGCAACCACCGACAAAUGCACUGCGCUCCAGUGGAUGACGCCUGCUCAGACUUCUAACAAAAAGCACCCGUACAUGUUCUCUCAGUGCCAAGCCAUUCAUGCGCGAUCCGUCUUCCCUUGCCAGGAUACUCCAGAUGUCAAGUCGACCUUUAGCUUCGCUUUGCGCUCACCACUACCCGUUCUUGCCUCUGGUUUGCCAACGGGAGCAAGCGACUACCAACCUCCCAAGAAGGACGGCGAGAGUGGAACGAUGAAGUACACGUUUGAGCAAAAGGUUCCCAUGACGGUCUAUCUCUUCGCCAUCGCAAGUGGUGAUCUCGCGUGUGCUAGCAUUGGUCCUCGCAGCACGGUAUGGUCCGGCCCUGAAGAACUUCUCUCAUGCCAACGCGAACUAGACGGUGAGAUUGAACCAUUCAUGAAAGCUCUUGAGUCCAUCGUUUCGCCAACCUACCAAUGGGGACAAUACAACGUGCUCAUUCUACCCCCAUCCUUCCCAUACGGAGGCAUGGAGAACCCUGUUUGGACCUAUGCCACACCCUCCAUCAUCUCCGGAGACAAGCAGAACGUCGAUGUCAUUGCACACGAGCUUUCUCACUCGUGGUCUGGCAACCUCGUCAGCGCAGCCAGCUGGGAGCAUUUCUGGCUCAACGAGGGAUGGACCACGUACCUGGAGCGUAGGAUCGCUGCGGCCAUCCACGGAGAAGCACAUCGCCACUUCUCCGCCAUCAUCGGGUGGAAAGCGCUCGAACAAAGCAUCGAGAACUAUGGGGCCGACCACCCUUACACCAAACUCGUGCUCGACCUCAAGGGCCAGGAUCCAGAUGACGCCUUCUCGUCGAUCCCUUACGAAAAGGGCUUCCACGCCUUGUACCAAUUCGAGCUACUCCUUGGCAAGGACAAGUGGGAUUCCUUCAUCCCCCACUACUUUGACACGUUCAAGUUCAAAAGCGUAGACUCGUACGACUUCAAAAGCUGCCUAAUCGAUUUCUUCGCCAACGACGCAGACAGCAGGAAGAAGCUUGAGGAGUUCGACUGGGACAAGCUCUUCUACGCGCCCGGAUACCCCGUUAAACCAGACUUUGACCAAACCAUGGUCAAGAGCUGCUACGAACUCGCCGACAAAUGGCAAGCUCUCGUCGCCGCUUCCUCCGUCUCCAGCACUUCCAGCACUUUUACCCCCCAACCCUCCGACAUCGACGGCUGGGUCUCCAACCAAUCCGUCGUCUUCCUCGAACGCCUCCAAUCCUUCGCCACUACUUUCUCCCCCGAAAACGUCCACUUGCUCGGCGCUACCUACGGCUACGCCACUACGCAGAACAUCGAGGUGCUGUCGCGCUACCUCAACAUUGGUCUCAUGGCCAAGGCGAAAGAAACGUAUACCCCCGCAGCAGAACUACUAGGCAAGAUUGGAAGAAUGAAGUUUGUAAGACCAAUGUUUAGGCUGCUGAAUGAGGCGGAUCGCCAACUGGCGGUUGCCACGUUUGAGAGGAAUAGGGAGUUUUAUCAUCCGAUUUGUAGACAGAUGGUUGAGAAGGAUUUGUUUGGUGAAGAGGGGAAAUAGGGCGUAAGGCUUGUAGAAUGCUGCGAACUAGGAUGAAUCAUUCGUUCAA